AUGCCACUCACACAGAAUCCAUUAAAUGAAGCAAUCAAUACAGUGCAAAUAGAUGAAGAUCAAAUGACAGAAAUGAUUUGGUUUAAAAGUUCAAUAGUUAAAAUUUUAUUAUUUGUACUUGGAGCAAUUUUACUAUGUUCAAUUGUGUUAAUACUUUUAGCUACAGCAUUAACACAUACAGCAUGGUUUCUUCGAAGAAGGCGUUCUAUUCAUAAACGGUUAGAUUCAUCAAAUAGAUCAAAAUUAGAAAUGAAAGAUUAUAUCUUACAUUAUUUCUGUUUUGCUGUUGAAGCACUUGCAAUAAAUUCUGUAGAUGAUAGUGGAACUUCGUUGAAACAUACAAAAUUUUUUGGUUACAAACAAAGUGAAAAAUCCUAUGAACCACCGUCAUUACCGUUACGAUUUCAACCCGAAAAACUAUAUGGAACGACAACAAUAUUGCACAAAGAUAGAAGUCGAAAAGGAAGUUGUAUUAAUUUACCAUCUUACCCACAAGAAAAUCAAUUUCGAAAAAAGUCUAUGCUUGAUAGUUUUGUAUUUUCUGAUCAGAGAUGUUCUAAGCCAUUGGAUUCAAAUAGCUUAUCAAGAAGCAACCUCUCUAUCCAUCACUCUCACUUGGCCGGUAGUGAGAAAAAUUCCUGUGAAUUAAUCAAGUCAGUAAUGGCUUCGAAGUUGGAACCACAGGAUAUUCCCCAACAUUUUUCAAGUUUGUCUAAUCAAUCUUCUUUUGAUCGAAAUAGUAGUCGUAAAACAUCAGUAUCAACUGAUGACACAAAAUGCUAUGUUCCAAAUGAAGGGGAUAUAUGUCUUGCUGUCCCCAUAGUUACACGUAGGGCUUCAGCAACGGACUAUGAGCUUCUCGAUAACCGUUUAGGUAAAUCUAAAAGAUUGUUAGAUACUCCGAUAUCCAUAACUGUGACUGACACUCAAGCUGAGCUAGAUGGUAACUUAACCUUAAAAAAUGAUGAUAUACAUGCGUUGAGUACUCCAGGGUUAUUUAUAGAAGACCAGAAGUUUACUCGUCGAAACAGCUUUCUGUCUUAUUCUACAGCUGUCGGGAUCAAAGGCAAAGAGGAUCAAGAACCCACGGAUGAUGAUAAACAUUUUCAUUCAAACAAAAUAGAAAUUUCUUCUUCAUUUUGCAGUGGUCUACAAAGAAACGAGUCUAUAUCAUUAGAUACGGAUACUGAUAAACAGAAAGUUAUGUAUAAACGACUUCCACCUGUUAUCACUUAUGACUGGAUCAAAUUCCCUGCUGGGAUUAUGGCUAUUGGUGUAAAGUAUUCUUCACAUGUUAGUAGUAAUCAAGAUCAAAUCUUAGUCACAAUGCACACAGGUAAAAAUCUGCUAUCUCCUCGUUUAUGGCAUAAAACAAUAUUUUUUGUUUACUGUACUAUAUCUAAUAAAGAAAUUUCCCAAACAUUCACUGUUCACAGUAAGGAAACCGAAUUCGGUUGUCCACAGUUUGUAAAUCAUAAUCAAAUUUCAAUGAAUAUACCAGUAAGAAGAUGUUCAAUAUUAACUGGAGCACAUGAUAUUGAAGCACCAAAAAUACAUAUAAAAUUGAAAAUUUUCGAAUCCAUUCCUAAGUGGUCUGGUGACAAAGAAUAUUAUCACGGAUCUUGUAGUAUGUCAACAGAAGAACUUUCGAACGGUCAAAAGGAAUUUGAACACAUUGGUUGGUGUCUAGUUGAAGAAGCUUAUCCAGCAAUUCGCUUAUCAGGUGAUAUGUUAAUUUCAAUAUGUCGUAAUCAAAGCAAAGGAUUUGUUAAUAUUCGAAUACAUGAAAUAAGAAAUUUACAAUUUCUUUCAUAUGGAAGAUGGAGAAUUGAAAACUUGAACGAUAUGUUAAAUAAUAGAUCUUAUGAAAUGACAGUAUAUACCUGUUUGAUUAAUGCUGGUCACAUGAUUAAGUCAAUCAAAGCAACAACAAUCCAUCAUCCUUCUCGAAGGACUUCAAAACAUAUUGAAACAGAUGUAAACAACUCAACAGAAAACAAGUUAUGUGAAGCAAAAACUACUGAGACAAAAUCUAACAAUUUCACACUGGUUGAUUGUUUUGUUCACUUUAGUCUACCUACAGUGAAAAAAUCUGUUGGUAGACAUUUAGCAGUUAAACAUGGUAUAACGAUAUACGUAAAAGGUAAACUACCAAUUUCAGAUUUAAUACCUUAUGAAUGCUUGAAUCAACUUAAACAAAUGUCAAUUACUAGUACACGUUUAUUAAAUGCUAUUGGUGAAUGCCACUUUGGUGAUUAUGGCUUCCAGAAUGAUUCAAUUAAGGAUUUUAACAGACCACCUUCAUGUCAUUCUAGUCAAGGCUUUUCAUUUUGGAAUGAUGCAGGCUCGCGUAAUGGAACCCGCAUAUACCAGUGGUUACGUAUUGAAUGA